AUGUCGGCGCAGGUGGUGCAGCACGCGAUGCGCAUGUGCGUGUGGUGGGCGCGUGGGGGUGGGGACGCGGUGGCGCUGGCCUGGUCGCUGCGCCGUGCCGCUCCGCGCCUGCUGCUCGACGACGCCGAGCCCGCCGUGAGUGGCCCUCUCGCCCCUUGCACUCUCGCCCCCUCGCCUCCUCGCCCCCUCGCCCCCUCGCCCCCUCGCCCCCCCUCGCCCCAAUUCUCCUUUGCCCCAAUGUCCCCCUCGCUCCAUCGCCCUCUCACUCCCUGCCCCUCGGACGGGAACGAAACGUCUACGGAGAUUUUUUGCAGUCAU